CGCUCCCCUGUAGGAUGACGUAGGCUUUCCUCAAUGACGCAAGCAGGAAGCUGCCAGGAGACCUGCUGCCAUCUUUAUCCCUCAGGACGGAGUGAAACCGCCUCCGGUUCCUGUCCGCUCAGAGUUUGAGGCUGUUUUUGUUUAUUAUUAUUAAAUGAGCUGAUGAUGACGUCAGCGCUCGUGCUUCCGAACGAGCUGUGGUUGAAGGUGUUCAGCUUCCUGUCCUGGAAGGACAAGCUCAGUAUGCGCUCUACCUGCUCACAUUUCCGGCAGCUGAUGGACGAGUCCCGGCCUCUGUGGCGGGGCUUCAGCGUGGCGCUGCGGGAUCUCUCCCGCUACAACAGCUCCUUCUGGCGGAGCCUUGCUCAGAGGCAGCUGGGCAGCGUGGCGCUGCGGGGGGGAAAGAAGAGGGACCUGAAGCUGCUCUCCGUCUGGCUCCCUCUGCUCCGGGCUCUCCGGUUGGACAGCUGGUGGGGGAAAGACUUCCAGGUCCAGGAGCUGAAGCGGUUCCGCCACCUGCAGCGUCUGACCCUGAGCGCAGGCUGCACGCCGCUCAUCAACCUGGACUUCCUCCUGGUUCUGAAGCAGCAGCUGACCCACCUGAGCCUGUGCAGCGUGCAGCUCCGCUGCCCCGCCCCCCAGCUGCUGGCCUGCAUCUCCCAGCUUAGCGGCCUGAGGGCUCUGGUGCUGCACCAUGAUGGCAGCCUGCUGAUGCCCUCCCUCAGAGGACUCCUCUCCAACCUGCCUCACCUCACCUCUCUGUCCUGGACCAUGAUCAGCCACAAGAGGCUGAACCACGACUUCUUCCAUCCUACAGAUGCUGGCGGCUCUCUGCAGCUGUCUGACUUGCAGCUGCUGAAUUACGACGCGGCAGUAACACAGGAAGCUCUGCAGCCUUUGGCCAAUCUCCGCAGCCUCUCAGUCUUCCACCUGUACUCCGUACCUGGACCCACCUGUCACCUGCAGACAUGGCUGUCAUCACUGCAUCAGCUCUGCAGCCUGAGUGUGCAUGGCGGCCAUCCCCUGGAGGUGUACGCAGACUUCCUCCCAUCCUCCCUCCUCAGCCUGAUUCUCUGUGUGGACCUUCAGCCUGAAGAUCUCCAUGUGGUUUCCCUCCGAGCUCCGAACCUGCAACACCUGCACCUGGAACCAUGGAGCUCCUCCUCCAACUUGGUCAGGUUGAUCCCACAGCUUUUUCCUCAUCUGAGGACUCUGGCCAUCAGACAUCAUCACGUCUCGGAUGAAGACUUCCUGGGUCUCCACCAGCUUCAGCAUCUAACCACCCUGGAGGUUCUGGAUUCGUUUUACAGGCCCGACCCAAAGGAUCCGAGCUGGGUCGUUAACCAGCCGAGUCCUCGUCUGCUGCAGCUCAUCUCCGUCCUGCAGCAACGGACCAAUAACCAAGUCCGAGUCACGACCAGCUCCAACAGAGACCUUCUGUCCUGCGGCUGUAUCUGACUUUGGAUCAGAGCCGUCAGAAGAUGACGUCCUCUUUCACCUCCCUCACCACUUCAUUUUGGUUCUGUUUGGUUUUUAAGGCGGACCUACAGCUUUACCCUGCUGUCUAACCCCAGCCUGCUGGGCUAAAGCUCAUAGACUGCAGCUGGUGAAAUGUCAGACGGUUCUGUAUGCUGCUCUGGCUCUGCAGGGGGGUUUGGUCUUGGACUCUCCCAGGAUCCCACAUUUGACACAAAACCUCCAUCUUUGCUGAAUCAAAGUAGUGCUAAAGAGGAGGAGGAAAAUGCACAGUGAGGAAAAGCUUGACUAGCUGUCUUUUCUCCAUGGGGGCAGCUUGGUUAUCAUUUUACAGCAUUAGCAUUUUCUCUGAUUGUCCUUCAGGAGGAAAUCUGAAACCAAUCGGUUCCAGUAUUAAUCCAGAUGGCUUUAAAUUAAUCUAAUUAAAUCUACAAACAUUAUACCUCAUUAUGAAGGAAAACAUAUUUUAGAUUUUUGAUAAUUUCUUACAUGGUAAACUAAGAAAUCCCAUGUCUGAGGGGUCACAGCCUUUACCAGGAACCUCCUCCCCAUCAUCCUUACAGUGAAGCACGAUGCUGGCAGCAUCAGGCUACGGGAUGUGCCACGUUCUGGAUGCUCUACCCAGCUCUGAUGGGAUCAGAAUGGUUCUGUUAAUGCUGCUCCUCUGUGGCCAGUAUAACCAGCAAACCUGGAGACUUCCCAGUUGGACUCAAACCAAAGCUUUCCGGUUUCUGCUAGUGCCUUAAAUUUGGGGUUAAUUAAGUUUUGCUGUUUUUUGCAAAUGAUUAUCUUUGUAAUGAAGAACCUUUAUAUGGAUGUGUUUUAUAUUGGAGAUCAGUCACUAGUUUUCUAAUUUUGUUUUUAAAAAGUGGGAUUUGUGUUUGGUGAUGUUUAUAUUUUAUAUAUUUGUUUUUCUGCUGAAAGCCUCUUUCCAAGGGUUUUAACGAAAUCAGAUUCAAAUCUGCAAGUUUAUAUCGAUGCUGACCAGUAAUUUUAGGAAUAUGGAAUGCUGAAAUUAAUUUAUAGACAUCUUGAAUGUUUAUUGUAGAUGUGGAGAAUGCCAUUUUGUCUCUUUCGGAUCUCAGGAAACAUAUUUAGUGAAACUAGAACAUAUCAAAACUGCAAUAAUAUUACAGGAUUAUUUCUUGAACGUUAGUAGAUCAAUCAGGGGGUGAUUUAUUAUUAGGCAAUACUAGGCAGGUGCCUAGGGCCCCAAGUUCCUGAGGGCCCCAUAAAACUCUGUCUACAUGUAUGGUUAAUAAAACUAUUCCUUAUUUGU